GGCGUCUGCAGAAUGAGCUGCUCUCUGCCUGUUUUAUAUGGAGAGCUUAUGCAAAUGAUGUGGGGCGUGUCAGCUGUGUAGUUAUCAUAUAAAUGAGCUGAACUGCCUUCAAGCAUUCAUUUUCAACUUUUUAAUUUUUGUUGAGACAACACCACUGAGAAAAGAUGGCUGUAUUUCCUGCUGGUCCUGAUUUGAGAAUCGUGAUGAUUGGAAAAACUGGUGUUGGUAAGAGUGCUGUUGGAAACACCAUUAUGGGAGAGAGACAGUUCAAAUCCCGUCCCAGUUCAGAGUCAGUGACUGAGUCCUGUGAGAAAGGUGUGACACGCUGGGGUAACAGAGUGGUUAGUGUGGUAGACACACCAGGGAUCCUUGACACUCAGAAGUCACAAGAAUUUAUGAAAAGAGAAAUUGUGAAAUGUGUUGAAGUGUCAUGUCCUGGUCCUCAUGUGUUCCUGCUGGUCAUCCAAGUCGGUCGAUUCACCAACGAAGAGAAAAACUCUGUGGAAGCCCUGCAAGAGCUGUUUGGUGCUAACGCUAACCGGUACAUGAUCGUGCUGUUUACCCGUGGUGGUGAUCUUGGAGACCAGACCAUACAAGAGUAUGUGCGUGAGGGCAGUCCAGACCUCCGACGAGUCAUCCAAAGCUGUGGUAACAGGUUCCACGUCUUUGACAACACCAGUAAAGACAAAAGUCAAGUGGUGGAGCUGGUUAAGAAGAUUGAUGACAUGGUUGCUGCAAACGGGGGGGCACACUACACAGAUGCCAUGUUUCAAGAAGUGAAGAAAAAACAAGAAAUGUCAAUGGGAAGGUCAGGGGCUGCCAAGGAUGAAGAAUAUGAAUUCCUGGCUGCACUGAUGCAACGCAUCAUACUUUUCCACUGCAUUCUUGGAAGAUUAAAGGAAUAG